UUUUCUUUUGAGUGAUUGCUCUGAUUCUAUAGACAACUAGAAAUAAUAUAUUUAAAUCUUUAUUGUCUUCUCUUGCUUUUCCUAGCUUCAACUAGCAGCCCAGAAACACCUACUUAAAUUUGCCCCCACCUCCUAGCUUUGGCAUUCUCAACUCCAAGCCAAAGAGCCCAACUACUGGUUAUGAGCUCUGUUUGGUUGCUCAGAAAACCAAUCAAACUUCAGCAAAAUCAACACCACUCUUCUAAAAAAUCAAUGAUAUAACUCACGUCCAAGUUCCAACAUAUUCUGGGAUCUGAUUGAUUGGUGGGAUUUCUUUCAUGAUUCUACUCACACACACAUAUAUGUAGAGGGAGAGAGAGAGAGAGAGGAGGAGGAGGAGGAGGAGGAGAGAGAGAGAAUGGCUUCUGGGCACCAUAAUCAGUGGGGAGUGCCAGAAAACCUGAGAAAACAGCUUGCUUUUGCUGUUAGAAAUAUUCAGUGGAGCUAUGCAGUAUUCUGGUCCAUUUCAUCAAGGCAUCCAGGGGUAUUGGAAUGGGGUGAUGGGUACUACAAUGGAGAUAUUAAGACCCGAAGAACCGUUCAAGCCCUAGAAUUUAACGCGGACCGAAUAGGGUUGCUGAGGAGUGACCAAUUGAGAGAACUUUAUGAGUCGCUUGCAGCAGAUGAAAACUGGCCACAGGCCAGAAGGCCUUCAGCUGCAUUAUCCCCCGAAGACCUCACCGAUACAGAGUGGUAUUACUUGGUUUGCAUGUCAUUCAUGUUCAAUAUCGGCCAAUGUUUGCCAGGAAGAACUUUGGCGAACAAUCAACCCAUCUGGCUAUGUAACGCUCCUUUUGCAGAUAGCAAAGUAUUCUGUCGCUCUCUUCUGGCGAAGAGUGCAUCUAUUCAGACUGUGGUAUGCUUCCCAUAUUUGGGAGGUGUCAUCGAGCUGGGCGUAACCGAGCUGAUUGUGGAAGACCCCAGUCUCAUUCAGCACGUUUUAACGUCCUUCUUGAAGAUUCCGUUCUCAGUUGUUUCCAAAACAUCUAGGUCUGUUUCAGGAAAUGCACAGUACAACAAAGACUGUGUCUACGCCAAGCUUGACCAGGAAAUUCUUGGAGUAAUGGAAGUUUGUUCUCCCAAUAGUAGCUCAAACAGGACCAGACUUCAUCAACAGGCCGAGGAAUUAUUUAUGAUUGAAGGUCUAAAUGAUGAAAUCAGCAACUGUGUCAACAAUUCCACGAGUUCCAGUGACUGUAUACCUCAAACCUUGAUUAACCCUGAAAAGGUCAGCCCUAUUUUGAAGGAAAAUGGUGAUUGUUUGAUCGAACGACACGAAGACAAUCCAAUGAAAAUGAGUUCAUCAGAUAUUCAAAUCGAUGAAAUCCACUACCAAAGCAUUGUUUCGACACUUCUGAAGAGCUCCCACCAGCUGAUAUUGGGACCGCACUUUCAAAACUACAAUCAAGAAUCAAGCUUUGUUAGCUGGAAGAAAGGAGGUUUCGCAGGUAUUCAGAUGCCUAAAAUUGGAACUCCACAAAGAUUGGUAAAGAAAAUACUCUUUGAAGUUGCUCGAAUGCAUGGUGAUUGUUUGCUUGAUUCUAGAGAAGAUAAUGGGAGAGGAGAUGGACUAUGGAUACCGCAGGUUGAUGACAUUAAUUCAAGCCACGUAUUGGCAGAGAGGAGACGAAGGGAAAAAAUAAAGGAAAGAUUUUUGGUUCUUGGAUCGUUGGUCCCUUCUACUAACAAGGUUGAUAAAGUGUCCAUACUCGACCACACAAUAGAACACCUAGAAGAGCUCAAGAGAAGGGUUGAAGAGUUGGAAUCUUGCAUGGUGGCUAAGCGCCAAGACAGUGCAGAGUGGACAUCGGAUAACAAUGGAAACGACCACAUUGGUAACAGAAAGAAGGCCUCGAAGAACAAGAGGAAAGCAAGUGACAUCAAUGAAAUGGAAACUGAGAUCAACCGGGUGCUACUGAAAGAUAAAUUGACAGAUAAUGUUACUGUCAGUACGAUUGAGAAGGAUGUCGUGAUUGAGAUUAGAUGUCCUUGGAGGGAGUUCGUGCUGCUAGAAAUUGUGGAUGCAAUAAGCCGCCUUCACUUGGAUUCUCACUCAGUUCAAUCAACCAACAUCGAUGGGAUUCUCUCCUUAACUAUCAAAUCUAAGUUCAAGGGAUCCAAAAUUGUAUCAACAGGAAUGAUCAGACAAACACUUCAGAGAUUGGUUCAAAAGAAUUGAAGAUCAUAUUCUCAGACUGACAAUCAUGGUUUGUUUUGAGUUCUUUGAAACUGCUGCAACCAACAGCUUCAGUUAUUGUAACAAAGCAUUGCUAUUCAAGAUUAAAAAUUAGACUCAAUUUUCAAACCCAAUGAUGUGGCAAUCAAUUAGGAUAUUAAAGGCAAUACUCUUUCUCAUAUCUUCUCUAUUUAUCAACUAAUCAUAUCAUUUAUACAUCAUUGGGUCUAGAAAAUUGAUCUAUAUUAUGGGCUUGUAUAUUAUUUUCCAUUGUGUUUGUAGCAUAAAUUUGAUCAUCUCUAAUUUGUAGCA